UCCCACCUUACCCGACCAUGGCUCCCCGCCUCAGCCACUGGGGACCCACCAGUUCCCAACAAUCCACCGACGGCUUCAGAAUUACAACGAGUUCUGCCCUUGGUUCGUCAGCGAAGAGUUGGACUUGGCGAAUCCUAGGCCAUGCCGGAGGCCGUGCCAGAGGUGGCCCUCAGCGGCCGAGCACGCGUGGCCGAGCCAUGGCCUGACGAUGAACGAGUACAGCUCUUCGAUGAGCGAUUGCGGGGAUUGCGGGGAUCGCCGGGAUCGCCGGGAUCGCCAGUGCUCCUUGGUGAGGAUUUCUGCCUCACCAUCGAAGAGCUGCAUCCAGCCAGCGCUUGGCCUGGCGCAUCAGAAGGCAUCGAAAAGUCAGAAUUUGUGGCCGUUUGCAUGCCACGAGGUCCUGGUUUGGUGGUGGCGUUGUUGGGCGUUUGGCGAGCCGGCAAGGCCUAUGUGCCGCUGGAGCCCAGUUUCCCACCCCAGCGGCUUCGCUUUAUGCUAGAAGAUUCACAGGCCCAGCUGCUUCUGGCUUCUGAGCUUGAGGUUUCAACGGUUUCAACUCCGAUUCUCAGGCUCUUACCAACUGGCGAGCUACCUGCGGACGUCAAUGGUCCAGAUGUUGAGGUGCAGCCCAGAUCCCAUUUGGCGUACCUCAUCUACACCUCUGGAUCAACUGGAACUCCCAAAGGAGUUUUAGUGUCACAGAGCAGUGUCUGCAAUGUGCAAAAAACGCCUUUGAAAACUCAUGGCAAGUGAGGAUUUUCGAAACGUGUUUUGCUUGGCAGCACAGCUACUGUGGAGACGCGCUGUCAGUUAAAA